AUGCCUUCGGGACAGAAUGAUCCAAAGCUGUUGUACGCCGUGAACGGCGUGUCGGCUUAUCACCUUGCCAAUGGCAAAGAGCAGUGCCUCACGCAAGCUGGGCCUCAGACCCUGUCUCUGCUGAUGGUCCCUACUUCUUCGCCAUUUGCUGACGCCUCUGCCUUGGGUCCCUCGUCCCACCCACCAGAGGAGGACUUCUACCUCCACCUCCACCUGCCGCCUGAGCUCGAUUUGCCCCUGCCCGCAACGACCCAGAUCUACCACCAGCCGCCCAGGAGCUACCUGAUCCCCCGUUGGGAUCUUGGCCCCGACAGCGGCGCCUUUACAAGGAUCGAGUUUCCUGAGCUGGGGAGUCGGCCGGGAGUACAGGACGAUAUUGACACAUGGGAGACCUGCAUAGCUCAAUGCACGGCUUUCUUGGAGCGCUCGCCACCACCACUCCCCAAGGACACCAAGUCAAGCACGAUCCCCACGAAAGGCAGCUCCUCAAGAUCAAAAGCUGCGCUGGCAGCAGAGGAACAGCUUCCUGCCUACAACCCAGGCGACUACAAGCCCGGAGAGGCAUACGCGAAGGGCAGCCACAGCUCCAACAAUGGCGGGCAGAUAGUUCUGGUGGACGAAGAAGAUGGUAGCGUCAUCGGUGAGCUCGGCGAGGGCUUCGACAUGGUAGAGAGCAACUCUUUGAAGCCAGGCUCGAAAGUACAGAUCACGCUACCUGGGGAGGGUUCAAAUAAGAUCGCCAUCGCCCCGGCAAGACCCGAGGACCUGGACCUUGCUAUGCACCCGGCAUACAAAAAGUCAACACUGGUCUCGAAUGCUGCAGCGGCAUCGCGACUGAUCGUGACCACUUCAGAUUACGUCUCGAAAGCGCUGCAAGGCGGCGCAGACAGCUUUACCCAGAAGACCAAGCCAGUUGCCAAGCCCGUAACUUUCAAACCGACGACCAAGGAACACGUCCGCAGGGUCCACACUUUUACGAGCGGCGCGGCCGGUGUGUCGGCCAAGACGGUUGGCUCGAUCGGCAAGGUCGCACAGAACUUGGGUGCCACGCUCGGCCGGCAUGGUAAGAACAACGGCCAGCCUAAGGGGUUCGAUAAGGACGGUAAACCUCUCGACACGUACAAGCCCGGUAUCCUCAACAAGAGCAUGAUGGCCUUCUCGACAGUAGCAGACGGCAUAGAGCAAGCGGGGCGAACUCUUCUCGAGUCCAGCUCAAAUGCCGCCACGACUGUCGUGGGCCACCGAUGGGGUCCCGAGGCUGGAGAAUUGUCGGCGAGCCUAGGAGGUGGCGUGAAGAACGUGGGGCUGGUCUACAUCGAUGUGACUGGUGUCUCCCGACGCGCCAUUCUUAAGUCGGUGGCCAAAGGGAUGGUCGUGGGUAGAGUCAAGGGCGGCGGCGAGGUAGUGGUCGGUGGCGGCGAUGGUGGUGAUGCAGUCGUGGCUGGUGCACUACCUCCCGGCCAACAGCAACAGUAUCUGGAGGGUCAAGGCGCGGGCACUUCCUCGGAAACCAGUUCGAUAAGCGGGGUGGAAGGUAAGAAGCCUGUGACGAAGUAUUGA